GGAGGGCGAGACGGGCCGGGUGGGGAGUCGAGAUGCAGCCCAGCACGACCCACUCCCAGUCCCAGUUCAGCUCAGUUGGUUCUGGCAAGUGGGAGGGGUAGGACGUGCCGCUCCGCCACCCUUAUCCACCUGUGUGUUCGUGUCCUCGUAUCUCACCGCCCUGAACCACAUCCAGCCCGAGGUCUCCCCCGCAGUGACUCACACGCCCCAGGACACCGAGAAUGCGGGAGAAAUAAUCGGGGAAGCCUCAACUUACGUGUGAAAAACAGGAAAAAAAAACUCUUGUAUAUUUUUUUUCCCUGUGGUGAAUAUGAACAGCUGGGUGAGGUGUGGUGUGGAGGAGGCGGUGGCGGAGAGUGUAGGGAUGCUGUGAGGUUCCGGGGCUGCCACAGCAGGCACAGCUUCUACAGGCACAGCACACGCACCCCCAGGAGGACACCAAGACAGCGUGUGUGUCUGUGUGUGUGUAUGACAGUGCCUGCCUCAGACAACGGUUGUGUUCAAUACUUUGACACAAGCUAAGGGUGUGAGGAGGCAUGCGCUGACGCCGAUAUGACCUGCUGACCUCGAACCGAUAAAGAGAGGCGACAGUGACCUGGGAAUGACCCGGGGAAGUAACCUGCAGGAGAGGAAGGACCGCAGCCAUCCCGCCAUGUCACCCCUUCCCCUCCGCAGCUGUCACGCCCCGACACCCACUAUGCGGCACUUCUGAGGGGCUGACGAAGGCGCCGCCCGUCAGGAUGCUGGGUGCAGGUCCCCCAAGGGCGCGCCGGAGCCUCCUGCAGCGCUCAGACACGGCGCCGGAGGAAUGGGAGCUGGAGAGAAGACUCGAGGCGGAAUGGAGGAGGAGAACACUCGCCCGUGCAGCCUCUGUGGACCGCCCUGCCUCCGCCGCCCCUCCUCGCACCUCCUACACCCUCCCCGCCGCCUUCCCCGGUAUCUCGGCCGUAAUGGGGGCAAGCGACUUUUUGCCUUCAAGAUCGACCAUCAGUAUCCCUGCGUCGUGCUCAGCCUCCUGUCCGCCCACUGUUCCCGCGACGCCCACCCGUUCACCCCGCCCACCCCUCCGCCCAACCAUGGGAGCCCCAAUGGCACCCCCGCCGCCCCCGCCCGUCUCCACACAUACCAACGAUCAUCCUCACAUGGGCAGUAUGAGCGGGUUGGGCGGGAGCAUGGUGGGCGGGCUGAGCGGGCUGGGCGGGGGCGGGUUCCAGUGUGAGUGUCUCGAGGACCGCCCCAUGAGUAGGUGGGAGCCGGGCGUGUUCGACAUGUGGUGUAGCUCCUGUACCAAGAAACGUAGGGAGUCUUCCAUGUGGAGUUCCCUUGACCUCAACCUACCGCCGCACCAGCUUUCCUCCAGCGCCCUCCUCCCCGAUACCCCGGACACUGAGGGCAUAGGAGGCUUGGGAGGGCUGGGAGGACUCGACGCAGGAGGUGAUCUGGUGAGGAGCCGACAGCCGCCCCCUCCUUCCUUCUGGGACUGCCUCGUCUCCUGCCACGACCGUCUUGGGCAGCGUCUUGCACGGAAAAGGGUGGAGCAAGGGGUGCGCCUGUACAACCAGCAGAAGCACAUGGCAGCCGUGAAGAAGUGGAAGCAGGCGUUGCGACGCAUCAACAAAGACAAUGAUCGCUUCAUUACCCUCGGUUACCUGAGCCAGGCACACCUUGACUGGGGCCGUUACAGGGAAAUGUUGGACUUCGGGUUCCAGCAGCUGGACAUUGCCAACGAGAUGGACUCACCUAUGCUGAGGGCCGAGGCUUACCUCACCAUCGCGCGGGCCAAUGAGCGGCUGGGUAACUUGGAGAAGGCCGUGUCCUACUGCCGCCACUCCCUGUACAACCAGUGUGACCAGUCCCGCACCACUGGCUACGUGCAGCUCACCCUCGGCAACACCUACGUCACCUACUCCAGCUUUAGCAAGGCCAUCGAGCACUACGAGCUGGCCCUCAAGGUGUCCAGGAGCAUCCACGACACCGCCCUCGAACUGCAAGUGUACUGCGGCCUCGGCCACACCUUCUGUCUCCUUCAAGACUAUGAAAAAUCGCUUUCGUUCAGCGCCAAAGCUUUUGAACUUUCUAAAACCUUCCACAUCCUUGACCUCAACUCUAAGUACCAGAGGCUGUCGUUAGUGACGCUGGCCACGCCGCUCAGGAAGCUGGGCCGCCUACCGGAGGCGAGGGACUGCUGCCAGGACGCACUCAAGCUGGCCCUGACAGCUGGAGACCGGCCCACCCACGCUCGCUGCCUGGCCAUUCUCGCAGACAUCCACCGCCAGUGUCUGGACGUGCAGCGGGCCUACAAGCGCUAUGAGGCAAGCAUGCAGAUGAUGGUGCACCUGGAGGACCGCCAGGGACAGCUCAUCGCCAUCAACGGCAUGGCCAAGACGCUGGGUUUGAUGCGCCGCCAGUCAAAGAUCUGUGACUGCCGGCCGCUGGAGAUCAACAAUAAAGUGAUUGAUCUUGCCUCCUCCCUGGGCUGCAAGCUCAUCAUGCGGUCAGCCCACCUCCGCCUGGCAGAGCUGUACCGCAUCCUCAAUGAUGACCAGAAUGACGGCCUGCAGGAGCGCCUGGCAGCGUGCCUGGCUGAGGAAAUGGAACUGAUAUGUGGGGUGUGCCAGGAGAGAUAUGGAGACCAGGGUGGAAACUCCCUUGAGGCUCUCCCCUGCUCUCACAUCUUCCACUCCAAGUGUGUGAGGGACCUCAUGGCGUCAAGUGACCGUAAGAAGAAAAAACGCAUCUGCCCAGACUGCCGCAAAUCGCUCAACUCCCGCCUCAUGCUUAUUUGCUAUGAUGAAUUAAAGUCAGCUUGCAAUGAUGGCCGCGUGCCCUCCUUCCCCCGCUAUCACCCGUCUCCCUGCUCAGAUGACCAGCCCCUCUGAUACUCAACCAUCCAGUCCCCAUCAUCGCUAAAGGAAGAUCUCUGCUUCUGGCUGUUCUGCUGCACAUAAUCCUGGCAAGAGUGGAGGCUGGGUGGCUGUGGCUGGGACUGUGGGUGUGUUCUCAGUGUACUGGCAUGAGCAGCCAAAUAUGUCCUAGGAAGGUUCAGAGAUCAAGUUUACAAGAUUCCUGAAACUUUCCUCUGACAAUCAACACAGAAUAGAAACACUGUGUGAGGAUGCUUAGAGUAAUGAUGUUGCCUGCCAACACUUCUGCCACCACUUGGGUUGUGUCACUGACUCAAGGCAGCAUGAGAGAAAAAUGCACCUCAGUCUUGUCUCUGGUUGCUGUGCUCACGUUGAACUGCAUCUCACUUAGAGAGAGAUUGGUGGGAGGGUCACCUGCCAUCAUCUCUAACUGCCAGACUUCAUAGCUUAGAGCAGUCUUUUGGGAGCCAGACUGAAUAAACUCUUAUACAGUGUUGACGUUCUUGUUGCAUAUUAUUAAGGAGAUUUAGAUGUGUAUAAAUAAACUCAUAACUUUC